AUGGUGAAAUACGAAACGGAAGACGAUCAGUUAAAAGCGGUGAGUUUCGCAGCUGGAACAGCCGCGUGUAUUGCUUGCAUCGAACGUGCAGUUACGGUGUUUGUGCAUUGGCGUGUGUGGGCGUUUCUUGCUCUUAACCUCUUGCUUUUAGCUAUUCUCUUCACUUCUAAAUCCCAAAAAUCAUCCUCCAACGAAAUUAAUCGAGAAGAAGAUGGUGCUACUUAUUCAAAAUUCAAGAGGGAGAAGAACAAGAAGAUGAUAAAACAAGAAUGUAGCCAAUUGUUGGUUUCGAUUGAUGGUGGUCGAAACCUAGUGGAAAACGAAACGAAGAUCGCAGACAACGAAUAUGAAACGAUAAACAAGGAAGAAGAAGAAGAAGAAGAUGGUGCAAAGAAAGAAGAUUACGAUCAGCUUUCCGAGGAGGAAUUGAACGAGAAAGUGGAGGCCUUUAUUACUAUGUUCAGACAGCAAUACUUGGUUUCUGAUGUAAAAGUGAACAAGAGCUGUGGGCUACAUUGUAUUGCCAAGAAUGUAACCAUGACAUCGAACCAAGUCAAUUCUAGUCAACGUUUAUCUCUCACCUAG